AUGAACGGCAUCAACCGACGCAUUCUUUUUUGGCUCAACGACAUCCCUCCCCAUUCCCCUUAUCCCGCGCGACUUAUCUCCAAGAAGCGCUCCCUCUCUGUCGGUGGUGUUCUUCCCUCGCCGCCUCACUCACCAGAGUCUGGACCAGAGGAGAUGCCACCAGUCACUCCUGUGGCCAAGAAGCGCAAAACGAUGGGCCAUGUCCCCUCGCUCGCGCGCCGUGGUCAAGUUGAGGAUGAUGACGAGGAGAAUGAGCAGACCCCGAGAGCUGAGCCUUCGCUGUCUGAUGAUCGUGCUUCCCAGCGCACUGGUAGUACUGGUGCAUCUGGUACCUCGUCUCCCACCAAGGCUUUGCGAGCGCUCAAGUAUCAGGAAGAUGGACUUGACCAUGUAAAGCUCGACGUGUCGGACGAUACUCUUCCAGCAUCUCUAGUUGAACUGGCGAACGACAUGCAAGAAAUUGGAAAUGGUGAGGGCGUUGUCCCGGUGUAUCUCAAGGGCGAGAUCAACGAUCUUGGUGAAAAGACGACUGCCCAUGGUCGUUUCAAGCCUUAUAGGUUUGACGACGAUAAAGAGCGUUAUCCGCAGCCCUUGCACCGACAACUCAAACUUGGCGAUGUAUUACAAGUUGUGAGUGACGCUCGAGACUGCGACGAGUAUCAGGCCGAUGAGACGUAUUGGAACAACCAUGUUCACACCUCUCUCCUCAACAUUAUCUUCCGCGGAACCAACCCUUGCCCGACACAGCUUGAUGGUUUCAAAUCCUGCACCACCGCCUCCAUCCUCCCCGAGUACAAGAUCAACGCCACCGCUGGUAAGAAGGUCGACUACGCCAGCUUCAUCAACCCCGAGCAGGACACGCUCCUUCUCAAUGCCACCAAGCUCAUCGACGAAAUUUGCGCUAGCGCCACGGAUAACAGCAUCAACCACACCAGCUUCCAGCGCCUCCUCGAUCGACCUAUUUCCUUCAGUAUUGAGACGAAGCGCGGUGCGCAGAUGGCGCAAAAGGCGGAACUUCAAAUGGGCGUAUAG